CCGACGUAUCGCAAAACCCUAGUGAUUGGGUGCGCAUGGCGAAAGCUAUGACGUUUUCCUUGUCAUUGGUGGCAUGUGCGCUGCGCGCAGUGAAUGCGGACAGCCAAGACCGCUGUCAUCCUCCAAAGGUAGACUCCAAAUGUCAUGCCAAGGUGAUGUACGCGAUGCUUGAUGGCUUUGCCCAACACCCCGAACAAUAUGUCGGGCUCACGACGAAGUCCAACUAUCGUGACUUCCAGGCACCUCGGCACCUCGGCCAUUUCAGCAUUACCACAUCAAAGCCCAAGGGCCCGCGGGUUGGCCGCUGGGCAAAUGGGACAAAGCAAGUCCCGUCCUUUCUCGCCUUUCCGGCUGCCCAGCUGCUUCAGAUUAAGAAUAGGCCAUAAGGAAGUUGCUGAACACAAGGAGGAGAGCGAUUGUUGGGUCAUCAUUGGAGACUUAGUGCUGGACCUUUCCAAGUAUGUUGCGAAACAUCCUGGUGGAAAGCAAUCAAUCCUCAACCUGGCAGGUGGAGAUGCCACGGAGAUCUUUGAUCUUGUGCAUCACAGAAGUAUUCUAAAGAAACAUGGCCUUCAAGAAGGAACAAUUACUCUGAAGGGUGUUGUCUCGGGAUGAAAUUUUCAGCAGAUUGGUGUCCUAUGUUCCUACGCCGUCCUACGCAUCUGGCCUUGUAUAGUGCUUGCUGUUCUGCCUGAGAUUCUAGCUGGGACUCCAUCAGAUGAGACUUGCUCAUGCACAAAGCUGAGCAGGCUCCUCCUCCCAAAAUGGAGCUGCGCCCAGACUUUAGAGUCUCUUUUUUUUGAAUGAGGAGCAGGACGCAGGAAAUAAUGUAUUUUUGGGACUGCACAAAGGACUGAAGCGCCAACUUGCUUUCAUUCCAGUGCCGGUCUACUUUCCGAGAGUGGAACCAAUGCUAUCAAAC